AAAUUUCAAAUUUUUACAUAUAUGGACUAAAAGCCACAAAACUUAUGUUAUGGGGUCUUUAAAAAAGUUGAAUUACCAAAAUAAUCUCUUUUCUGCUCCAUCCUUAACUUUUCGCAUCUGUCUGUCUUAUAUUUGCACGGUCCGAGCAUGAAGCCUGCAGCACAGACAUCGCUGAGCUGACGUGGCAACUGGAAAUGAGGAGAGAUCAGCUGCGGCAGGUGAGAGACAGACUGACCCACACGGAGGUGCUGAACCGACGUCUGAAGGAGGAUAUCGAUUUUAUGAGGAAACACGGGCCGCUCGUGCACGAGAGACUCCAGCUGGAAAGUGAAAUCAUGAAGCAGAUCCAAACAGCACAAAGUGAGGUCAGAACAUUAAAAGCUGAAAAAGAUGAUAAAGAAGAGAUAUUGAUGAUAAAGAAGAAGGAAGUAUUGCAGCUUCAAAACCAAAUGCAAACAUCUAAACUUGAAGGUGAUGAAAAGGUGUCUGUAUUGGAUGCAAACUUAAGCCAAAAGCGACAUGAGUUAUUGACCCUGCGAGACAAAAACAAAGCCAAACUGGAAAUUGAAGACUACAAGAGAAAGAUCUACCAAAGUGAACAGGCUGUGAGAAAGCUACUGAAGGAUCGAGAGCAUGUCCUGCUGAAGAUCAGUUUGAGCGAGAAGCAGUGGAAACCGGUCAAAGCCGAGUUUGACCAGGUGUCUGCUGUACACUCAGACACCAAAGCUGAGCUGGACCGUUUAGAGCGCCAAACCUUUCUGGAGGAGCUGAAGAACAGGGGAAGAGGACACCUGCCCCAUUCAAAUCUAAAGAUUAGUUUUUUAGCAAGGUUACUGAAUGAACAAAUGUGUAGCCCGGAUCCAAAAAAUUUAAAUUCUAUCAUCAUUUACUCACCCUCAAAAGAGAUAGACAAAAUGAAGUCCCUGAUAAUGACUGAAAUGACCACCUUAGAUAUUCUCAAGGGUUAUAGGGAUGCAGAGGCAGCUGAAUUUCAUCGUGAACAAACAGACUGCAAGAGGGUGAAAGGUGAGCUGCAGAAAAAGUAUGAAGACGCUAUGUCUACAAUUACUCAGCUGGAGACUGAGGUGGAGCAACUGAGACAGACAUACGCAGAAAAAUCUGAGAGUCUCUCAGAAGCUGAUGGAGAACAUCCUGUGCAAAUCUGUUCCAGGGUAAUCUACAGGAAGCAACUAAAAUUUUACUUCAAUCUGAAGUUGGCUCAAGAGUACCGAGAGUUGCAGAAAGCUCUGAUGAUUGCCAGACAAGAAGCUGUUUGUGUUUUUGACAUAAGAAACAGAGCAGAGGCCUACAUCCAAGAUCACAAGCAGCUUUCUUUGUUGCAGAAGAGGAUGCACAAAGCCAUGCUAAAAUACUUCAAACGCCGCAGCGUCUACAGCCAGGCAGAGCUGGCCCGCUUCCAGACCCUCUCCAACCAGAACAACCAGAAAAUGAAAGCCCUCCAGGAGAAGUUGUCAAACACAAUCCAUCGCCUCUCUGAGUUCCUGCUCUCGCUGACAGAUGACUCAACUACCAGCCAUCUCCCGCAGCAAGCAAACAGACCCGUCGCAGAUGCCGAUGGAUGGAGCAGGAAGAUGCCUACAGUUCAGAUAGCGGAGUAAUUGGACGCUCACCUGCGCCAGACAACUUACUUAAACCCCCAGCAUGCUUCACUCUCUCCCCUGUCCGACGCUCACGGCCCAAUCCAUAACAAUGAAGCAGGUGACUUUCAUGCUACUGUCAGGAAUGAUCUAAUUUUAGCGGGGUGAAUGAUUGCAAUUGGCUUUGCCUCAUCAGAUAAUUAAUCUAUGUCACCAUUAAUUGGAAAAGAGAAUAAUUAGGGGGCUGUGUUGACAGAAAUUCUACGCUUCUCUAGAUUCUUGGAUCUAAUUACACCUACUUAAACCCCUCUGACCUUAACUAGCGGAUAGUAUACCUGCGUAACCCUAACCAGGCUCGGGUUGGUCUCGACCGCCUCUCGCUCUGUGUCCUUUGUCAUUUUUUUCCUCCUUUCUUGCUUGUUUAUCCUCUCUUUUCCUGUCUCCUCAGAGAGCUGUCUCCCUCAAUCACUUUUCAAUAUUCAAUCUUAAUUUUGUGGAAGUUUAGCAUUUUCAAUGAGCUGGAGAUGAAUGAUUAAUGAAUAAAUUUGAAUGCUUCAUUUUGUCCAUGGAUCAUUAGUCAAGUCCUUUGUGG